CAAAUGUUGGAUGGUCAACAUUUCUUAGAGUUCUGGGUUAUCUUUGUCUCUUGUCUGUAUCUCUUUUGUUUGUGAUUUUGGUUAUUGGGCUCAUGGGUGGAAUCCACCCUUGGAUGUCUGGCGUGCAUGAGUGGUUUCAGUUUCACCUGUCACAUUCUGUUUGAUUUUUCGUCUUGGAUCCUUACAGCGGCGAAUGAUUAAUGUCUGAAGAAAUUAGGUUUUUGGAUUCGAGUUUGGUCUCGGUGAUUCUACAUUGAGGAGGAUUUUUGUCGUGGACAUAUGGUAGGAGACGAGGAGGACGCCGCCGGUUCCCGAGGACAGUGUCAGAUCUCCGGUGCCGGCGGCGGAGGCCGCAAAGCAUUCUGGAGGUCGGCAUCUUGGUCUUCCAGGUCUGCCUCUCAGAGUUCUGCCCCCUUCGAUCAUGUCAAAGACUUCUCAGAUCCUCAUAAUAGCACCACCGACAAGAACAACGGCGGAGGACAGUUCCGAAGGUUUCCUGUUCCUCUCACUCCUCGGUCCCAGCAUAGUAAGGCUCGCUCUUGCUUGCCCCCCUUGCAGCCAUUGUCGAUCACUCGCCGCGGCUUGGACGAGUGGCCCAAAGCUGGUUCGGAUGAUGUGGGAGAAUGGCCCCAACCUCCCACCCCAAGUGGUCGAGGUGAUCCGAACAAGCCCAUAGAAGGUUUGAAGCUUGACUUGUCUUCGUUUCAGAGAAAUCCAGAUCCCACAGGGACUCUUCUUAAGAAAGACAGGAUCGCCUUCUUUGAUAAAGAAUGCUCCAAGGUUGCGGAACACAUAUAUCUUGGUGGAGACGCUGUUGCUAAGAACAGGGAUAUUCUCAAGCAGAACGGUAUCACACAUGUUCUCAACUGUGUGGGUUUCGUUUGCCCUGAAUACUUUAAAUCCGACCUCGUCUACAAGACAUUGUGGUUGCAAGAUAGUCCUUCUGAGGAUAUCACUAGUAUUCUUUAUGAUGUCUUUGACUACUUUGAAGAUGUAAGGGAGCAGGGCGGGAGGGUUCUGGUCCACUGUUGUCAAGGGGUGUCUCGUUCCACGUCUUUGGUGAUUGCUUAUCUUAUGUGGAGGGAGGGCCAGAGCUUUGAUGAUGCCUUUCAGUUUGUAAAGCAGGCCAGAGGAAUUGCGAACCCCAACAUGGGCUUCGCUUGCCAGUUGUUGCAGUGCCAGAAGAGAGUACAUGCCAUUCCGCUGAGCCCCAGUUCGGUUCUGAGGAUGUAUCGGAUGGCACCGCAUUCACCUUAUGAUCCUCUGCAUCUGGUUCCCAAGAUGUUGAAUGAUCCUUCUCCAUCUGCUCUGGAUUCUAGAGGAGCGUUUAUAGUACAUGUGCCUUCUGCUAUCUACAUCUGGGUUGGUCGAAGUUGUCAGCACAUCAUGGAGAGGGAUGCAAAAGGAGCUGCUUUCCAGGUUGUUCGUUAUGAGAGAGUGCAGGCGCCGAGAAUAAUGGUUGAGGAAGGGGAAGAGCCAUCAGACUUUUGGGAUGCCUUUUCAAAUCUUCCAGAUUCAGUGGAUAAGUCUGGGAACAUUGUCAAGAUUGAAUCAGCAGCUAAAGUUGUUCCUGGUGAGAGGAAGGUGGACUCGUAUGAUGGGGAUUUUGAAGUCUUCCAGAAAGCAAUCACUGGGGGUGUGGUGCCUGCCUUCUCAACACCGGGGGCUGAACACGAAACUCACCUCCCUGCGAGGGAAAGCAAUUGGAGCGUUCUAAGGCGAAAGUUUGCCUUGGGUGAUGUGAAAGAGUUUGGGGCAGGUCCUAAGGUAUCCCUUUGUAGAGUCUAUUCUGAUUCAAUGUUGAUUUUCGACCCUGAUAGUCGGAUAAACAAACUUCCACAUUUGUCAGCGGACUCAUCAUCAUCACCUCAUUUUUCUCCAAGUUCCUUUUCUUCUGAUUCAAGUAAUAGCUCUAAAUCUAGUUCAGAAUCGCCUUCACUGUCCCCAUCUACAUCUUCUUCUACAGCCUCACCUGCUUCCUCAACUGUGCCUGAUUUGCCAUCCAAGACGUCUCUUCAUCCCAUCCCUAACAUUUCAGAAUCUCGUAAGGUUGGUCAUGCUUCUUGUUCCCAAGUAAUCUCAUCACCAUCUAAAAGAUUGGUUCUCUCUCUUGCUGAACGGAGAGGUAGCUUGUCACCUUCGUUGAAGCUGCAAACCUUGGCUGAUGAUAAAUCUGUAUCAUACAGAAGGGACACAAUCACGUAUUCAACUUCUUCUGCAAGUCAACAGAAUGAAAAGGGGAGAGACAAUAAUUCGUGCUCUUUUAUAGGACUUUGUAGUAAAGAAAAAGUUUCAGAUUCUAUUGAGGCCACUGCAAUUGAAAAGGGAGAUUCAACUCAAGAAUGUCAGUUGCAAAUGUUUCUAGGGGCAUCUCUUAACGACCAAGCAGCCGCCAAUGAAGGUUCUUCUGUAAAGAAGUAUCCUCUGCAAGAGGUCCUGGAUGUUCCUGUCUUUGCUGGAUUUGUCGACAAUUUUUCUGGGUUCUGUAAUCCAAUUGACCCCAUAGUUUGCCGCUGGCCUACUUUAGAAAGGGUUGCACCAUUUGGCACUGCCAAUUUGGAUUCAGAAGCUGCUUUUCUUGUCUUAGUUCCUAGUACUGGUGUAGGCAAGCAUAAAGAUAGGAUGAUAUAUUUCUGGAUUGGAAAAUCAUUCAAACAUGAUAAUUGUCAGCUUCAAUUAGAUGUCGGCAGCAGUGUAAGUGAUGUAGAAGCGAUUGACUGGAAUCAAGUUGUUUGUGAUUUUCUUUCUACAAUGGGUCUACCGAAGGACAUCCCCACUGAGGACAGGUAGUUAAAGAAGAAUUGGAGCCAGAGGAAUUCCUUGAAUUGUUGAAGUGAUUGUACCAAUUGCUAGAACAAAUGGAAAAGCCUGCAACAACUGGAUCAGAUCAUUUCUUCAGUUCGCACAUUAUGCACUGAAAUUUUGUUUGCUAUCUUUGUAACAGCUUUGCCUCACAAGAUUGGCCAGGUAUCCAUCGAAGUAGUUUCUGGUGGCUCAACUGGAUGUACAGUAUAUGACAACCCUCAUAAACACAGAUAAACCAACUUGUAAUCUGUGUUUCUGACUCCGGACAUCUCCUUGAAUGUACAUUACCAAAUAUUUCAAAAGCGUUCCAGCGGAAUAGAUAUCUUGAGGACUUA